AUGAAAUUACUUUUUGUUGUUCUGCUAACUCUCUUGGCUGCAUCUGCUGAGGAGAUUCCAAAUGGCAGUCCACAAGCAGUAGAACCAGGUGCAGAAGCACAAGCAAAUCCAGUUCCAGAAACAGCAGCUCCCGAAGCAGUUCCAGUUCCAGAAACAGCAGCUCCUGAAGCAGUUCCAGUACCUGAAGCAGCUCCAGUCCCUGAACCAGUUCCAAUAGUUGAACCAGAAGCAGCUUUGGCACCAGCUCCAGCGAAUAGUGCAGCCGAUGAGCCACUUCCUAAAGUUCCACCAAUUCGUUUGGAGAGACCAGAAGGCGAUUUAGCACAUUCAGGAGUACGUAAAACUUUCUGGCAUUCUGACGACCUCCACUACGUACCAGGCUUGCGAUAUGAACAUAACACAGAGUUGUUGACUAGGAAAUUGAUUAGACAGUUCCCAAAUGAAAAUGGGGGAAAAACAUUGCCGAUUCCAGAAUACAAAGAUUUAUCAAUAACUCCAACGCAAGUUGUUGAUGCUUCAAGUUAUCCUGCACCGGCACAACUUGUUAGUCAGGUUGCGGUCGCAGAAGUGACAGCAUCACCUCAGGUGCAAUAUAUUCAAAUAAUACCAGCAUCAGCAUACUAUCGUACAAUAGUUGCACCGUCUGUUGAAUCCAGAAGAAGAAGAAAACUCUAA